UAGUAGUCCACUAAAUCAAUUCUCUUUAGUAUUGCUUUGGCCAUUCAGUCGGCAUUGAAUUUUUAAAACUACUAAAUAUUUAAAACAAGAAAAGAUAAUACAAGCGCAUUGAAACAGUCAUAAUACAUAUUCACGUUAAAUAUGGCUAAUAUUUGUGUGAAGACAUUAUUACCAGGAAAUCGUUUUUUGGGAGCAACAAAUAGCACGGUAUAUGGUAAACGUGGAAAAGCAUGGUUUAAUUCCGUAAAGAUGGGUCCACCCGAUGCCAUUCUGGGUGUUACCGAAGCUUACAAACGUGAUCCAAACCCUAACCGUAUUAAUUUAGGUGUCGGAGCCUAUAGAGAUGACAAUGGUAGUCCAUGGGUUUUACCCAGUGUGCGUUUGGCUGAAGAACGGGUAGUCUCCAAGAAAUUGAAUAAAGAAUAUGCAACCAUUCUUGGUAUUCCUGAAUUCUAUAAUAAAGCAAUUGAAUUGGCUUUGGGGAAAAAUUCUCAGGUAUUGCAAGAAAAGCGUAACGCCACGGCUCAAGGUAUUAGUGGUACGGGCAGUUUGCGUAUUGGUUCAGCGUUUUUCAACAAAUUUUGGGAUGGAAAUCGGGAAGUUUAUGUACCCAAUCCCACUUGGGGCAAUCACAUACCACUUUUCGAACACGCUGGCUUAACAAUAAAAAAAUAUCGUUAUUAUGAUCCCAGAACUUGUGGUCUCGAUUUCAAAGGUUGUUUGGACGAUAUUAAACAAAUUCCAGAAAAAUCGAUAAUAAUCUUGCAUGCUUGUGCUCACAAUCCGACUGGCGUAGAUCCUAAUAAAGAGCAAUGGUGUGAAUUGUCCAAAUUAAUAAAAGAGAGAAAUUUGUAUCCAUUUUUUGAUAUGGCCUAUCAAGGAUUCGCUUCUGGUGAUAUGGACCACGAUGCUCAGGCUAUCCGCAUUUUUGAAUCUGAAGGUCAUACAUACUGUUUAAGUCAAAGUUUCGCUAAAAACAUGGGUCUAUAUGGAGAACGUGCUGGAGCUUUCACAGUAGCUUGUGCUGAUAAGGAUGAGGCCGAUCGCGUAACAUCGCAGCUUAAAAUUCUUAUACGUGCCUUAUACUCAAAUCCGCCCAUUCAUGGUGCUCGCAUCGCUGGAGAAAUUCUUAAUGAUCCCGAAUUGUAUGGCAUUUGGUUGAAAGAUGUGAAGCUUAUGGCUGACCGGAUCAUAGGAGUGCGCAGUCAACUAAAGGAGAAUUUAAUAAAGAACGGCUCUACUCGCUCCUGGGAACACAUUACAAAUCAAAUUGGUAUGUUUUGUUACACUGGUAUGAAGGCGGAUCAAGUAGAGCGUCUUUCCAAAGAGUUUAGCAUAUAUUUAACCAAAGAUGGACGCAUUUCAAUGGCCGGUGUUACAAGUAAAAAUGUGGAGUAUCUAGCCAAAGCCAUGCAUGAAGUUACUAAAUAAGCUUAGUUUAAUAAAACUGGAACAUUUAGAGUAAUUUUAGCUAAAAGCGGUUAGGAAAUAAAAUAUAUUUACAUAAACUAA